GCUGGUGAUUUUCAAAAUAUGAAGACAAGUAGAAAAUUCUGCAGGACCGUGUGAGAACCGAGAGUCUCCCAGGAGUUUGAGACUUCCGCUGGAAACAACAGGCUGGUCCACGGGCACAGAGUUCGUGGCACCAUCAUGAUAUCACAGCCCAUGACCAAUGAGGCUGUUGUAGUUCUGACACCAAAUGGCAUCAGAUUCCCGCAAACAGGGGGACCCAAACCUACCAGCCAGAGACGGUACAGCCUGGUGAAACAGCUAAAAGCAGAAGUCAAAGUUCUUGGGGCUAUCCAGAUCCUGUGCGGGGUGAUGGUGUUGAUUUUGGGAAUCAUUUUCGUAUCUGCUCCCAACUCUCCAUCCUUUACCCCAGUGUUUUCCAUCCCUUUGAAGGCUGCUUACCCAUUCGUGGGAGGCUUGUGUUUUGUCAUUUCUGGAACUCUGUCAGUCAUCAUGGAGAAAAAGUCAACUAAGCCUUUGGUUUGGAGCAGCGUGGCUGCAAACAUUCUGAGCUCUCUAUGUGCCCUAGUGGGUUUUAUUCUCCUCUCUGUAACCUUGGCUGCUUUGGAUCCUGCCUUUCGGAAGUGUACCUUCAACCAAAAGAACAGAGAACUCGAAGAGACUACAUUUCACUAUUAUGUUCACCCACUUAUUGACAAAGAAUGCUUCACGGCCAAAAGCACUCUGACUGGAACUCUGUCUGUGAUGCUGAUAUACACGGUGUUGGAGCUCUGCCUGGCCGUGCUCACUGCUGCGGUUUGGUGGAAACAGGCUCACUCUGACUUCCUUGGGAGUGUGCUUUUCCUGCCUCAGAGUUACAAGAAUAAAUCCAGCACAGCCUCAAAGGCAUUUCAUGCCGACCCUGGAUACAAAGAACUCGUGACUUCUUAGGGGAAAUACUCAUCAGAAAUUUGGUUUUAUGAUAAUAUAUGAAGACCAGCCAGAGAAACUCAAGAAAGCAAAGUUUGAAUUCCCUGAAAUGUAGGAUUUAUGUAAUGAA